AUGUUACCAGUUGGGAUCAAGAAGAAAUCGAAAGUCCCUGGAGUUAUGAUCACGCAGUAUGUGGAGGAAAUACCAGAGGGAAAAAGCCACCCUGACUUCACCCGCAAGCCCAUCGCAUUGACUAUCCAGGAGGGUAAGUAUAACAUAGGUCCAACCUGCUCACCAUCACUUGCACAGACAUUCAAUGUACUAAGAGAGCCAUGUGGAACUGGUCACAAAAUAUGUUACUACAUGAUAACUGAUAGUGGCUGUGAAGCGCAAAUAGGGCUGACCACGACUUAUUUAGUUACCUAGGCUACGUGGUCAAGAAUGAGAAGUACUGUAGGUAGGAGUGAAAAAGCUAGAAUACUUAAUUGAAACAAUAACAAAGCCCCUCAUUAGUUUUGGUAAAAAGAUGAGGGAUUGGCCGGGAGAAAUGUAACCACUCAAAUUCCUAGAGGAUUGGCCGGUAGAAAUGUAACCACUCAAAUUCCUAGAGGAUUGGCAGGGAUAAAUGUAACCACUCAAAUUCCUAGAGGAUUGGCCGGGAGAAAUGUAACCACUCAAAUUCCUAGAGGAUUGGCCGGGAAAAAUGUAACCACUCAAAUUCCUAGAGGAUUGGCCGGGAGAAAUGUAACCACUCAAAUUCCUAGAGGAUUGGCCGGGAGAAAUGUAACCACUCAAAUUCCUAGAGGAUUGGCUGGGAAAAAUCUAACCACACAUUCCUAGAGGAUUGGCUGGGAGAAAUGUGACCACUCAAAUUCCUAGAGGAUUGGCCGGGAAAAAUCUAACCACACAUUCCUAGAGGAUUGGCUGGGAGAAAUGUAACCACUCAAAUUCUUAGACAGAGUCAUGAUUGCAAGGACUGACUAUCCAUGAUAUCAAAAUUAGUUUUGACCAUGUUUUGAGGCUAUACAGUGUUUUUUUACGAGUAAAACAAGCUUAUAUUUUUGCUGUGAUGAGAUAUGACAGUUGAACUAAGCUCACGAGGCAUUUAAGUGUCCUUUCAACCUCUCCAAAGUGUCCGAAUGUGGUAAUUGCACUGUUUUUGCACACUGGAUGUUAAAAGGUUCUACGCCUUGCUUUGUCCCACCCAGGUCAACUGCUUAUCCCUGGAAAGUUUAUCUCAUUGGCUACAAGACUGUCAUGGUGCCAUACUAGCCAAUCCCUGUGUAAUGGAUGCGUACAGUGCGUAAGCAGGCAACAUCAUAUUUUUGAUGCGCAAAGAUAUAGUCACUCGGUUGACAUUCAAUGUUGCAAUUAAGUCAUAUGUCAUCAGAUAACAUUAGCAAUAGGCUAGAUUUGUUCCUACCAACAUAAGGAUUAAUUUGAUACCACCCAUGUAGCUAUAGCUCAAACACAGACCAAAUCGAAGCUUACCUUGUAAGAUGUUUGCUGUUUGGUGAAAACGUUGUGUAAAAUAAACAUUAUGACUCUUGGGGCUGGUGAUCAAUAACGGUUGGUCACAGGCAGACAAAUAAGAUAUCCUUAUGAUCUGUGGCAUCUCGGCAUUUGGUGUGUAUCAAUAUAUUCCGUGUUUACUUCGUUUAUGCUUCACAACGCUAACUGGAAUGUAGGUAGCAGCCAUUUUGAAAUGAGCUAAUCGGCUCGGCCUGCCCUUAUAAAUUCGUAAGCCCAUAUAUGGUAGUAAGUAACACCAAAGAUUUGAAGGCACCUAUGAAUAGCCAAGGUACUCAGCUUUCCACAGACACCCUGCUUUUGCAGAUAGGGGCUACCGUUUUCAUACCAGACUGAAUUGAAUAAAAAAAAUCUAAUAGGGUCCCCAAAUAUGGGGACUUUACAUUUAAGAGUUAAACCACAGAACUUGGAGUGGCGAGUUUGACAAUGCCUGUCAGGGAGGCCUAGCUCCCUCCAAUUCUUAAUUUCCCUCCAUUUCUCUGACUAAAUGUUUGUUACAGUCAAAAAUUGCUUAAAAACCUGCCUAUGAUAGCCUAUUGCUUGUCCCAUCAAACAUUAUGCUCUAGAACAUGUUAAGAACAAACGCCAGUCUGGUCAUCGUUGUACAAUUCAUUUCGAAAUGUGUGUUUGGUAUCGCCAACCUGUUUCACUCACUGUCGCUCUCACUCCCAGACUUCUACCUCUUUGGGUUUUAUGGUGAACUACACUCAAAAGGUGUAUUGUCGCCACCAACUGGACCGGGAUAAAAAAAAUGAACAAAAGAAAAGUACAUUCCAUACAGGAAGGGAAAAUUAACAUGAAUCCCCAUACACAACAAAAAAAUAUGAAUAGAAAUAUAUACAUUCCCACUCCUUCAGUCCUUCAAAAACUAAAAUACGAGACAGUACUCCAUGAAGCUCUUCAGAUGUCAAACCUUUUAAUCCCAGAAAGAGUUCAGCUGCAGAAGCAAUGAUGUCAAUCUUUUUUGACUUCCCUUCAACUUGUGCAGUUCCAUUUUCCUCACAUGAACAAUUUCUGGAUCCUGCUGUUGAUACUCCAUUGUAGGCCUACCGGUCUUCACUACCACCGGACCUUCAAAGCUACUCGAUCCUCCUACCCUUUAGAGAGCCUCUGCAUAUCUCAACUGCCCUGAUUUAAGCAACCUCAUUCUCUUUUCCACUAAUUGGGCACUCCAAGGAUUGUGCUUCAUGCUCUCCACUACAGUUGCAACAUUUUGCUCCUUGGUCCUUCACUUCUACUAAACAUGUGAAAUCUCCUUCCUAGUGGUCUUUCCCACACAUCGGCUUCUCACGUCUACAGACACUUCUUAUUUGUCAAAACAUUUUACACCAAGAACAGGAUAGUACACGUAUCCCAGUUACACUCCAGUAGGGAGCGACUCCACAUUAAAAAACACUAGGACAUACAAACUCUUCUCCUUCCUGCCAAUAACCAUACGAUUCAUCCUCUGUGCAUCGACCACUCCUGGAAUUUUCUUUAAUAGAGCAAUGUCAACAUCCUCCAAGACAGAAAUGACUCCCAUGACAGGUGCCUCAAAGCAUGAUACAUACAUUUCCAUCAACUUGACAGAUAUCCAACAGAUGUUUUUUGUGAUCCGCAGAAACACAAGAAAUCAGAACUAGCCCACGUCUCAUAAUAUUCACUGAUUUAACUCAAAGCUUUCUCCAUCAUUUGGGAUGUUUCGAACUGGUUCCACAAGUCAGGCAUAUUCAUCUCUUUCAAAAAGUGCACUCCUACCAUAUACAAUGGGGGUAUUGUCAAAACUAUAAGUAUUAUUUCCCACAGCAAUUGUGCUUAUUUUUCCAUUCUUCUGGACCAAAGUCCAUUCCUCCUUAUUUCCACCGCCAUGAGGUUCAAGCUCCAUAUCCUCCAUAUUUCUCUAUUGCCACCUGCUGUGCAGGAAUAAUAUUAAAUCAAUGCCUACUCUAACCCCACGACGAUAAAUGGUGGAGCGUGUUCCCGUGAAGUUCGCGGCUUUUUAAGCAAAGGUUGCGCACCCUCUCAUUAUUUGGUUUCUGCCUUUUUAAACGUUUUUGUUAACGUUAAUGUUGAUUCAAAUUAGGUCUUUAUAAUGUGUAAUGAGGGAAUUAUUGGCCAUUGUGAUCACUCUCUAUUGAAAAUAUAGGCUACCUGUUUUAGGUGAUAAGGGUUUUUGCCAGGUUAGGGCAGGCAUUUUGAAGAUGCCUAUGUCCGUCAUUCUAGGACAGCUGAUGGGAGUGAACAUGUUUGUUGCUACAGAGCUCUGCCAGUAAUAACAAAGUGUGUGUGCGUUUGCCUUUGUAGCCUACUCAUGUCGAGUUAUUAUAGUAUCGUCCAAGUAAGAUGAUUGUUUUUCCACCAAGUAUUUUUGUCAAAAUAUGUGGGUUAUAUGUAUACAGUUAAUAGCCAACAUUUCCAGUUGCACCUCUAUUUGUACCAUGGCCCCUCUCAAGACGUCCUGAAUAGUCUAAAUGAAUUAACUUGAAUAAACUAACCUGCCUUUGUACUAAAUUGCUUCCUCUUUUCACGCAACUUUUUUGUUUUCAGGUAAAUUCGCCUUCUUCAAAGCCCUGGUUGUUGGAGAUCCAGAACCAACCGUGACAUGGGGCAGAAAUAAUGGAGAUGUGUCAGAUACAUCGAAAUAUGUAACAAAAUAUGACCCUGCUACUCGUGAGCACUUAUUUGAGGCAAGUAAGAACAGUAACCACAUUAUAUGA